UGGUCCAUGGAGACAAGGGACGCCCGGGCGGUUACUAUGCAGAAAUUAAGCACUGAAGGGCUGGAAGUUGGCAACAUGUGGCCGUUUUAUGUCGCCUAACUUAUGUGAAACUGUAUUAGGCUAUGAAGAGUGUCGAAAUAUAUCUAUUGAGCACUUUAAUUUCGAAGUGCAUCGUUUGUAGUUAGCUAGCAAACAUGGUUUUAGCCUUUAGCUAGCUGACGCUGCUGUCUCCAACACAGGAUGAAACAGCCCAGGAUUGUGUUAGCUGCCGUUAAAAUGACAUGUAAACAUGUACCAGUAUAUAUAUGGAAGUGUAUUAAGUCAUAGUUAACCAGGCAGGUAGGAAGAGUCAGCUUAAAGAUGUGGAAACGAGGCGGCGGUCGAAGCUCCGCUCUGGACCGAGCCCAGGCGCUGCUGUCCGCCAAGAGGAGCAGCAGAGGAGACGCUGAGUCUGAGCAGGAGUCCACAGCCAAAACACGGGGACACACAGGUGCUGUUGGUGGGUCUGUGAAAACCAGACCUGCUUUCCCAGAUCCACACUUGUUAUUGUCAGAUCUGAGUGACCUGUCCUCGGUGAGCUCAGCGCCUGGGCAUGGAGCUGCUGACCUCCUGGGCUCUGCCACUCCUGCUGCUGCAAAGACUCAGGGGAGAGAGGGAGAUUCUACCAAGGACCUCAGACCUCAGAGCUCGCUGGGUGGAGGAGGGAGCAGAUUCUUAAAGAAAGCACCACCACCUGCAGCUAACAGCAGCCAGUCGCCUGUCAGGAGGGGCCAAAUGCAGCAGGACCCUGAACCCAGAUAUGUGACAUCUUCCCAGCGAAGCUCCCAGACUGCUGCUCUGAGUAGACUGGCUCAAAUUGAGAGCCGCAUCCGCAGCCGCAAGCAGGUUCAGGAGCCAAAAUCUGCUGAGAAUCUAAACUCUGACUUUGGAAUCUCACCACCACCAGUGGCCCAGUCCCUGGAGGCUCCUGUGCAACUCUCAGCGCAGUCCAGCAGUGACCAGAGCCUGAGGGGAAUACGUUUCCUCAAGAGCAAGACAGACACAGCUGGUAACAAUAGUAAUAUGUCUCUAGAAGGCAGAGAUGUUAGUGCCAGGUCCAGGUCCAGGUCCAGAGCUGCUCAUGUCAUAGGUCCUUCAGCUGGUUUGGAGAAGAGGUCAGUGAGAGGAGUGAGAGGAGUGAGUCUGGAAAGUGAUGAAGAGGAUAUGAGGAAACUGCUUAGAGACUCAAUGGAUUCAUCAGACAACAGCUUCUUCAUACCAGAGAGACCCUCCUCCACCAGAGCAGCAGACAAGAUGUUGAGCAGAAGCAGUCACAGGGUCCACUCCUCACCUCCGCCCACUGCUGUCCUUCCCUCAUCCUCCAACACAGCACCUCCUCGCUCCCCUGCCUCCCCUUCUCUCCGUGGCUCUCCUUUUCGAUACACCGGUCAGGCUCAGGCCCACUUCAGCCCCUCUGUGCUCUCCCCAGCCUCGUCUCCUCCCCGUGCCUCCCCAUCUCCUCCACAGAGGCUGAACUCCCCUCAUCACAGGGUGGGGAGUCCACAGCGUUCACUCUCCUCCAUGUCAGGCCGCAGUGAGGUGCAUUCUCUGGAGGAGCUCUUCUCAGUUGGGCCUGGUUUUGAAGAUCCCCACAGUGAGAUGAGUUCAGUGAGCUCUGAAGAUGGACAACAAGACUUCAAGAUAAAUGUGAUGACAUUAGACGACUUUGUUCCUGCUACUCUUGGAUUUACUGAGGAAACUCCAGGAAAGGAGCUGCCUAAACGGAAAGAAGCAAAACCCAGUGCCCCUCUUCCUGGAUCCCCUAACAAACAUCGCCAGGGGCUAGGUUUAAAGAAGAUAAAGCAGAAAGAGGAGCCACAGCUGCAGCAGCAGGAUGAGGACUCGUUGGACUACCAAAGUGACUUUGAGAGUGAGAGCAGGACAGAGCCAGAUUACAGUGCCAGCCAGGUGUCAGAGCACUUGCAGGGAGAGGGAGAUGAAGAGGAGGUGGUGUCAGAGGUCAGAGAGGAGGAUUUGGAUUCAGACGCGUCCCGCAGUCGAAGGACAAAAGACGAUUACUCAAGUACUUUCUCAGACACAAGUCGCUCCUGCACCUCACGGACGUCGGAUCGCAGUCAAACAGCCAGCAGAAGCAGGGACUCCAGAUCAUAUGUGUCAAAUGACAGCAGGACCUCUCGCCAGUCAAGGAGGUGUGCUUCAACUAGGAAGGUUUUAAAAGAGGCAGCGGUACAGACGCAGCCUGAUCCACUGGCUUACACACAGCCCACAGGUAUGGCUACUUUGGGUCCUGCAGUGGGCAUGACUUACAUGGAUCCCACCCCGAUGGUCGCUCACACUCUCAGUGCAGAAAAGGUGGAAGCUCUCAGCACCUUCAACCCAGCUGCAUUCGCCCUCAACGAAAUGUUCAAACAGCAGCUCGCCAUGAUAAGGCAGUUCAUCGACAGCAACCGACACCUUCACUCCAGCCUGGUGCAGAGCCUAAGACCACCAAACUACAGGUACACCACACUGGAGGACACCAAGGAGCACAUUCACAAGCAUAGACGUCCCACACUGACAGUGGAGGAGGCCUUAGAGGAAGUGCUGCAGGAGAUGAGAGACAACCAUCAUAUCUGACCACUGGUACUCAGUGUCUGGAUCACUGAAGGGAUUUGCCAUGUCUUUCUCAGUAAAUAAGUUUUAUACAUAAUCAAAUUACAUUUUUCUACUAUGAGAGGAAUUACAGUAUUUCUUGUUAAUCAGAUGAGAACAUGCCAUGAAGAGUGGAUGCUUUUGUUAAAGUGCUAUCGUGUCAUAGAGUUUUUAAUUUGUGUCAAAGGGCCCAGACACACCAAGACGACAGCUGGCCGUCAGUCAAUAUCAGGCCACCAUUGAGCGCCUGUCACCCUAGUUUUUGCUGUGUCCCACAGUUGGCACUAGUCGGCCCUUGUCAGCUCUUUCGGCUGUUUUGGCACACUGAAUCAGAGACAUCGGAGAACGUACAUGGUAGUUGACCGUUGGCUGUAGUCUCUGGAUUGGUGUGUCUGGGCCUAAAGUUAAAAUCAUGCAGUGUGUACUCUGUUUAUGAGAUGGAUCAUUUUGUAAAGUCAGUGUGUGAUUCGAAUGAGAUGGCCUCUGUCCUUCUCUUUUAAUGCACAAGUUAAAUAAAUCCUUAAAGAGGAAAA